AUUCUGUCCCGCUGACGCCCAUCCAAAGUGCUCCAUCCUGGCCGGUGACGUCCGCUGGAGAAACCGGAAGCAGGUUAUCCUCUGCAGGGGACAAGACUUGCCUAGGGGACAGGGGAGGUAUGACGCAGCCCUGAAAGGGGACCAGUUCUGAGGGACACAGGCUGCUUUCCAGAGUGGCCGGAGAAUCUAACCAUACAAAACAGGAUCGCUUAAAUAGGGCUCCAGCGUAACCUGCCCAAGAUGGCGGCAAGGAGGCGGAGAAUGCGGCGGAACGGAGAGGCGGAGCAUGCCGGGAGCGACGCCGCCGUAAUCUAAUUCAAAUGCGUGGGUCACACACCGAGACACAAUUGACAUUUCUCCUCUGGCUGUAUAAAAGGGGAGAAGGAGGAGGGAUCAUGGCAGAAGGAGUAGGAGAAGAGAACCUGAAGAGCGAGAACGACAGAGAGCAAGCCGAAGACAGCAACGAAGACGCGGCCGACUGAAAGCGAGCGAGGAGCGAGCAGGAGAGGAGCUGCUGAAAAGCGAUCCGACCAAAAGACAAAGCUGUUAUUGAAAAAUAAAGUGGGUCAAACCUGCUCAGCAAGAUGUCCUUCCUGAAUUGUCCAUGCAACCCGCACGAUGAUGGCAGGAGUCGGUCACAAGUGGCGCCCAACGCGGAAAGACCAUCGGAGGCGAGGGAGGACGAAUUCCUCUGGCCGCUAGUCGGCGCGUUCACCGAGCUGGCGGCAAGCAGACGUCAAAAUUGCCAGCUCAUGCAGGCGCUGGCGGACAAGAUGGGUGGAGGCGGCGAGUGCCACCCCAAAGAAGAAGUCAAGGAACACGCCAGUGAAGUCUUGGCUGAAGCGUCCCCCCUGGAAGGCGGGGCUGGGGAGGCUGCAGUGGCAUCUGCAGACCAGCAGGGCAAACUGUCGGCCAAGGAGAGGGAGGACGAGCUCGCCUCGGUAGAGGAGAGGAUCAUAAGACAAGAAAAAGAAGAACUGCUAAGAGCUGAGGAGAAAAGAGUCACGGAAGUAGAAGAGAGGAAAAUGACUGAAGAAAAGGCCAAGAAGGAAGAAGAAAAGAGGAUAAAACUAGUAGAAGAAGGAGAAAAGAGCAUGAUGAUGAUGAAGAAGAGGAAAAGGAACAUGAUCGUGAUGAAGAGGACCAUGGUGAUGAUGAUGUUGCGGAAGACCAUGGUGAUGAUGAUGAUGAUGAAGAGGAGCAUGGUGAUGAUGAAUCAGGCGCUUCAUAUGAAAUUUUUACUGCAAACAUAUUCCUAGCCCCUUCCUGUAAUGUCAUUCAUAAAAUAUGAAGGCAAUUUUUCACUGGUCUGACAAGGCAGACAGGCGUGGGUUUGAUUCCAGUAAAAAUUGUUAGGAAGGUUUGCGAAUAUAUAUUUUUUUCAUGUUUUUGCAGCAAAACAAUUAAUUAUAGAACAAUGUAUUUACCAUGAUAAAGUAAAAAAGUUAAAUUAAAACUUAAUGAACAAAAGUAUAAAAAUCAUUACACAUAAAUAAAAAAAGUUUUUUAUUUUGACAUUCUUUUAUACUCGAAGAUGUCACCUGUGUACGCCAGACAGCUUGAUCACUGCCAAACUGGGGCCCUAAACAUAAUUUUAUUUUGAGGCCUAGCUUAUAAAAAUAUUUAUCAAUUUUUAAUAAGGUGAAACUUUUUUUUUUAUUAUUUAAUUUUGAUUCAUGUUUUUAGAAAAACAAAUUCACCGGAAAUAAAUUAUUCAAUAUUUUUAUUUUAGCUUUUAUUUUAGUAAGGGUAAGCAUGCCAUCUCUAUUUAAUUAAUGAAACAAAUAAAUAUAUAAUAAUUAUAAAAUAAUUAGUAUGAUAUUGUGUACAAUUAGGAUGAAUUUAUGUCUCUAUACCUAUGCAUAAGUUUAUAGAGAUUGGAGUGUUUUUGUGUGUGUUUUUUUUUUCGGGGGGGGGGGA